AUGGAUAGCAGAAGGAACAUGGAAUAUUUGUCUUCGAAUCAAUAUAUGAGAUUAUCUGACGCUGAGCAGUAUAUACAAAAAAAAAAAAAAAAAGAGCAGUACAUACAAAACGUGUUUGACGAAAUCGCAGAUGAUGAAUUAUUUUCCGGCCCUGAAGGGGAUGAAAGCGAACAAGUAGCAGUAGCAGAUGGAGUGGUUGAAUCGGAUGUAGAAGACCCUGAUUACACAAUUGACAAUGCCCAGGUAGAUGAGACUGAUUACGAAGAAUCUGACAAUGAAUCCGAUGCUGCAGAUAAUUCUGAGGAGAUUAAUUUGCGUGCAGCUGAAUUCGUAGCACAUGAUGGUACCAUAUGGAGCUCCCAGCCACGACUUGCACGCCAAACUAGGCAACAAAAUAUUUUGCGACAGCGAAGUGGGCCCGCAAGAUCAACUACUAUGAUGUCAAUAGUCAAUACAUAUAAAUGUUUUAUAACUCCGGAAAUGGUGGAUAUUAUAGUACGCUGCACCAACAAAAAACCAGAAGCUACAUAUGCGGAAUUAAACGCAAAACAUCCAGAGGCGGAACCAAAAACAUGGAAGAAGGUUACUUUAAGCGAAAUGUAUGCGUUCAUUGGAGUGCUUAUUAUGACUGGCGCUAGCCGCAGCAAUGCCGAAUGUGCGCCGGACUUGUGGUCGGUGGAAAAUUGUCCAUUAUAUCGGGCGUCAAUGGGCAUUAACCGCUUUCAGGCCAUACUGCGGUUUAUAAGGUUUGACGAUGGCAACACACGGGCACAACGUUUGGUAACUGACAAGGCUGCACCAAUAUCCGAGCUGUGGACCAUGAUGAACUACAACUUUGAGCAGUCAUAUAAGCCAAGUGAAUUUCUAACGGUAGACGAGCAGCUCUUUCCAUAUCGUAGCCGCACCCGUUUCACGCAAUACAUCCCAUCGAAACCGGCAAAAUAUGGCAUCAAAGUGUGGUGGGUAUGUGAUGCCAAAAACGCAUAUCCACUGUAUGGACAAAUAUAUACUGACCAAGCACCUACGGGACGGGAAACUAACCAGGGUGAACGCGUGGUGAAGGAUUUAGUAAGCCGCUUUCAUGGAACCGGCCGAAAUAUAACGAUGGACAAUUUUUUUACAUCCCUAAAUCUACUGGAAAGCUUGUCAUCCAUGAAUUUGUCGGCAGUUGGAACUCUGCGGAAAAAUAAGCCCUGCAUACCAAAGGAGAUGUUGGCACACAAAGAUCGUGCAGAGAGGUCAAGUACAUUCGGUUUUAGGCCCAACAUAUCCAUAUGCUCCUAUGUGCCGAAAAAAAACAAGGCAGUUAUAUUACUAUCAUCAAUGCAUGACGAUGAUCACAUUGGCGAAAGCGGCAAACCAGAAAUGAUAGAGUUUUAUAACAAGACAAAAGGAGGAGUGGACGUGAUGGACCAAUUGCUUGGAGAAUAUACUUGCUAA